AUGGCAACACCCAUACGAACCUGCGGCCCCUGCAUCCGUCGCCAAUAUUUCACCCACUACACGAACCCUCGCCUCUUCUCAACACGAACCUCUCCCCUCCGCAACACCAACGCAAACCCCCUCCGCACCGGCAAUGCACGCCCAAGCAAAACCCAAGACAUCACCAACACCCGCCGGUCGAUGACCCGGUCAGCCGCGGGGAUCGCAGCCUGCGCGGUCGCGAUGUAUGGCAUGAUUGAGCUAGAUGUGUUUGGCCUGAAGCAGGCAGAACAAAAUAAGGCAGACGGGACUGCACCUGAGACCACACCCGGAGCCAUGAAAAUGGACGGACCACCCGGUUUUCCCAACGACGCAAGCGGCCACUCCGUGAUCCAAGAUGGUGCAGACUUUGUCGAGACAGGAACAAGCACGAUCCCGCAUUUCCCGAGUACCAUUCGUCUUCCGAAGACCCUGGACGAGAACUUGAAUCCCGGUGAUGAUAUCCCGUCAUCAGUUGAAGAGGAUGAAUACCAGUUGCUGGGUCUUGGGAUCCGCACCGUUUCUUUCCUUUCUAUCCAGGUCUACGUUGUCGGGAUGUACGUCGCGACAGCUGACAUCUCCGAGCUCCAGCAGCGGCUCGUUCGUACCGCACUGAACCCGCCCGGCGAUAAUACCAGCGCGGUUACCGGGGGUGCGGGCGCGAACUACGCCACGUCUCUGGUCCCAGGAGAGCGCCAGCAACUCAAAAACCUCCUGCUCGACCCCGAAAUAGGCGAUGAUGUCUGGGACGCGAUUUUGAAGAAGGACGGUCUGCGCACGGCUUUCCGCAUCGUGCCUACGCGGAACACAGACUUCCUGCAUUUGCGCGAUGGCUGGGUCCGUGGUAUCACAGCGCGCGCUCAAAAGGCCAACACCCGCGCCAACGCUGAUGCAAGUACCUCCGCACAAGGCGAAUACGAAGACGAUACCUUCGGCUCAUCCCUGAACUCCUUCAAGGGUCUUUUUGGCGGUGGACAGCGGAAGAGCGUGCCUAAGGGGCAGAUACUGGUUCUGACAAGAAGUUCGCGCGGAGAACUCGAUGCGCUGUUUCGGCCUGGGCCUGGGAAGCCGGUUUCCUGGUUGGGCCGCGUUGAUGAUGAGAGGAUUAGUCGGUUGGUGUGGUUGAAUUAUCUGGCUGGAAAAAAUGUGUCUAGUGAUGCUGCGCGACGGAGUGUGGUUGAUGGUGUGAUGGGGAUUGUGGAGAGGCCUGUUGGGACUGUUAUCCAAAAGAUCGUAUAA